UGCUGCAGCUCCAGGAGGACUUUAUUCCGUCCCGGGGCUCAGUGAAGGCAGCAGCCGCACACCGCUGCACCUGAUCACACGGGAUACGUUCGGUUUACCAACCUGGAGGACGCUUCGGGAUAUUCUUUUAUUUUACUUUCCUUAAAGAAGCACCGGUGUAACUUUGGAAAAGAACGGAACCGUCCACGUUGCCGAGGGAAUAAACUUAAGGUGGAUUUGUGACACCGGCCCACGGUUGCGGAGGAUGGACAUUUUCUCCAAUGCCCACGUUUGAACGUUUAUUUGUUUUUACCCACACUUCCUUUCACGCGUGCUGCGCGGGUCUCAGGAUGCGACUUUUCCUCGCGCGGCCCGGUGGAAAUGUCACAAGGUCGUUCCACUUACCGGAACGUGACCACCGGAGAUGAACUUUCCCUGGAAUGCCGCGGUGAAUGAUUGACAGCGGAGGCUCUGUGAACCUUUACGGACAAAAAUAACAAACUGCCUGGACUUCAAACCUGUUUUGGUUGUAAUCAUUACGGGUUCGAGAGAAGCGGAGUGAAACACCAGAAAACGGCCUUCACCCUGCUCUAUUUAAAUCAUUUUAAACAUGUUUUAUACGGCAUCCGAGGUGCGACACGCGCCAGGCUGCCCGGUGUCCCCGCGGCUCCUCGUGCUGCUGCUCCUGUUCCGGUCUCCCGGGCUCACGUUCGGAGCUUCCAAAGAGCUGGUGUGCGAGCCCAUAACUGUGCCCAUGUGCAGGGGCAUCGGCUACAACCUCACCUACAUGCCCAACCAGUUCAACCACGACACCCAGGAGGAGGUGGGCCUGGAGGUGCACCAGUUCUGGCCCCUGGUCCGGAUCCGCUGCUCCCCGGACCUGCUCUUCUUCCUGUGCAGCAUGUACACGCCCAUCUGCCUGCCGGACUACCGCAAGCCGCUGCCGCCCUGCCGCUCCGUGUGCGAGCGGGCCAAGCGGGGCUGCUCCCCCCUGAUGAGCCAGUACGGCUUCGAGUGGCCCGAGAGGAUGAGCUGCGAGCAGCUGCCCCAGCUGGGCGACGAGACCCUGUGCAUGGACCAGAACAGCAGCGAGGCCACCACGCCGGCCCCGCCGUUCCCCAAGCCCACCCCGAAGGGCCGGACCAGGCCCCCCAGCCCCCCGCUGUGCGACAGGGAGUGCCGCUGCCGAGACCCCUUGGUCCCCAUCAAGAGGGAGUCCAGCAUCCUGUACGGCCAGGUCCACACCGGCCCCCUCCCCAACUGCGCCCAGCCCUGCCACCAGCCCUACUUCUCGGCCGACGAGCGCGCCUUCACCACCUUCUGGGUGGGACUCUGGUCGGUGCUGUGCUUCAUCUCCACCUUGACCACCGUCGCCACCUUCCUCAUCGACAUGGAGCGCUUCAAGUACCCGGAGAGGCCCAUCAUCUUCCUGGCAGCCUGCUACCUCUUUGUGUCUUUGGGUUACAUCAUCCGCCUGGUGGCGGGUCACGAGCGAGUGGCGUGCGGCGGCGGCGGAGGCGACCAGCUGCACGUCCUCUACGACACCACCGGGCCGGCCCUGUGCACCCUCGUCUUCCUGCUGGUGUAUUUCUUUGGCAUGGCCAGCUCCAUCUGGUGGGUGGUGCUGUCCUUCACCUGGUUCCUGGCUGCGGGGAUGAAGUGGGGAAGCGAGGCCAUCGCGGGUUACUCCCAGUACUUCCACCUCGCCGCCUGGCUCAUCCCCAGCGUCAAGACCAUCGUGGUGCUGGCCCUCAGCUCAGUGGACGGGGACCCCGUGGCCGGGAUCUGCUACGUGGGGAACCAGAGUCUGGAGAACCUGAGGGGGUUUGUGCUGGCACCUCUCGUGGUCUACCUCUUCACCGGCUCCCUUUUCUUACUCGCCGGCUUUGUCUCGCUCUUCCGCAUCCGGAGCAUCAUCAAGCAAGGCGGCACCAAGACGGACAAGCUGGAGCGGCUGAUGAUCCGCAUCGGGCUCUUCACGGUGCUGUACACCGUCCCCGCCACCAUCGUGGUGGCCUGCCUGGUCUACGAGCAGCACUACCGGCCCGGCUGGGAGCGGGCCCUGGCGUGCUCCUGCCCCUCGGAGCGCCAGCGUGCGGGCGUGGGCCCGGACUACGCCGUCUUCAUGCUCAAGUACUUGAUGUGCUUGGUGGUGGGCAUCACCUCGGGGGUCUGGAUUUGGUCCGGAAAGACGGUGGAGUCCUGGCGGAGGUUUGCGGCUCGAUGCUGCCCCUGCUGGCCGCGGAAAGCAACCGCUCCGCCCUCCAUGUACAGCGAGGCCAGCACGGCUUUGACUGGACACACUGGGACCGGCUUGACGUCGGGGCUCUACCAUAAGGCCGCCCCGUCGCACAUAUGAAGGGGCGCGGCGUAGCGUGGACUGAACUAAGGUACCCAAACGAGAGAGAGAGAGAGGACGAACAGUUGCAGCGCUCACUAAAAAAAUGGACGAUUGUGACCAUUUAAAAACCUACAUUGGACCAGCGUGAAAAGGGAAAAGUUCUAAAAUACAACCAGCAUUGUAAUUUCAGCAUGAGAGAGUAUCUGAAAAGAGAAUCUGCCUUUUGAGAAACUGACUUCAGACGGUUGAAAGUGCUUCUCUAAGCGACGUUUCCUCUGAAACAACAUUUGAACCUAACAGAGUCACAAGGGUCCAUAACGAAACCACACUCUUCCUGUCCGUUUACCCUGAGCACUGAGAGAGAGAAACACAUAUUUAUUUAUGUAUAUAUUGUAUAAAGUUGCUGUGAUCUGAUGUUCAUGUGAUCUGUUUAGCCUCAAGCCGAGUGUGAGUCACCAGAGACGUUUGAUUUGUAUGAACCUGUACAUAAAUGUGCUGUUUCAUGUCAAUGUUUGUGAUAUCUGGAACUUUUUUUAUAUUAUGUAACUGAAAUGAAAACUUUUUUUGUCAAAGUGACGCAGUGCUGACGUGGUAUUUGUGGAGGGGUCGCUCGAUGACCCCUGAGCUCCGGUCGGGCUUUGUGUUGAUUGAACCCAUAAAGCUGCAGGAUAUAACUGAACUUGGCCUCUACCCCCAUCUGCUGGUCCCCCCUCCCCCCCCUGAGAGGUCAGCAAUAGACAACAGACCCUGAGUCCCAUGAGGUUUGUACCAAAACUAUUAAAAAGAACAAAAAAAAGAAGUACCACCAAAAGAAAAAAGGGUUUCCAAUGAAAUCUAUAAUUGGAAAAGUUAUUUAUUCUAAAUUUGUUGUGAUUUCUGUUGUUGGCGACUCCCUGAAACCAGCUCAAGGACU